UAAAGACACACAGAGAGCUGCUCAACAUGAAGACAUCAAGCUGGCUACCUCGGCUCAUAAAAUCAAGACUUCUUUGUCUCCUGGUUCUGAUUCUUAAAAUCACGGCUGCAGCAGAAAAUCAUUUUCAUCUUAAAUAUGAAGGGAUGGUUGGUGGAAAUGUCACCUUCUAUUGUCCUGUUGAUGACACGCAGGAGCUGCAAUUUUUGUAUUUUCAAAAAGGAGACAUUUUUGUCAACGGAUACUACAUCGGAAAAUCUGUAGAAGACACAUGGCCAAACACACGACUGGAUCUCAACCAAACAACAAUCCACAUGUAUGGGCUGAAUCUUUCACACGCUGGAGAGUAUACGUGCUAUAUUAUGUACAUUAAUGGUGACCCACACACCAUCAAACUACACCUUUUGGUCACAGCCUCUUUCAGUAAACCUUUGAUCACACAGAGGUGUGAAGACAAUGGUUGCAAUGUGACGUGUGCAUCUCACAACGGGUUUCCAAAACAACUGAUCACUUGGCAAAUGGAGCCUGACAGCAAUGAGAUGUGGAAGACUGAAGUACUGACUGAUCCAACUACAAAGACUUUAAACGUCUCCAGCACAGGAUCCAUAAACUGCUCCACUGGUGAGGUGAACGUCAGCUGUUCUGUGGGGAGCAUCAUCUCAGAUGUGAUUUCAGUCUGUGCUCCAACUACCAGCCCCAGUAACAAUCACCAAGGGAUAAUAGCAGUAACCAUACCAGUGAUUUUAAUGGGUAUUGUAAUGAUUGGUACUGUGAUAUGCAAAUGCAAGAAACGAAUGACAGUAAAACAUGUGGCAACUAAUGACCAUGCUCCGGAGGUUAUACCUCUGAGUGGAGUGGAGGCAGCGUCGUGAGGAUUCAAGCAGCCAGACCACAGCUUUCACACCCUAGAGUCUAGGACGUCAACUGUUCGUCAAGCAGAUGUACACCACAUUAGUCACUUCUUGGCCACACCAACAUCGAGGAUGACCGUUGCAGUCUGGGAUGCAACAGAGAGUGUGUGCCACUGGCAUCUCCGAGACGCUUGACCUUUCAAGUGAGGAAGUUUUUUUUUUUUUUAUUGGAGAAGUUCAAUGCGUCACCGCAGUUUGAGUGGUCAAUUCCAAGAGAAGGAAUUUUUCAUUUGGCAUCUGGUGGAAAUAACGUUCCUAAUGUGAAUUCCUACGACCUAACCGGCUCAAACUGAAAACACAGACGUUUGUUACACUGACCGUUGUGGAGAGAAGUUGGGCCUGCUGUUAAAGUAUCCUCUGUGCUGUAAAACAGGAUGCUCCUGCUGCUAGUUUUAAUGUAUUUUUUUUUAUUAUGUCGUUAUGAUGGAACAGAAAAGUUUCAGCUUGGAGUGUUUCUUUUAAAUAGUGUUAAUGGUGAUUGAUCGAUGGCAAAACGUUUCACCAAUACAAGAUGGAUUUUAGUUUAGUUUUUGUUUGUAUUUAUCUGCACAAUAUUACUGUGCAGUGUUUUCCAAGACCCACCUGUGAAAUGCUGUUUCCUCCUAAUAUUUUCUCAUGAGAUGAUUCUCAUGUAAAACAAAACAUAUUAUACAUAAUGUAUUUAUUAUAGUAAAAACACAUGUAACAUGUGUGUUAGUCUUUUUAAAAUAUGUACAAGUGAACGAUUAUUUGUUUACACUAUUAAAGAAAAAAGUUAUUUCCCCUUAUUGAGAAAAAAGAGGCUGCAUAAAGUCUGCUUUCAUUUCCCUAAAAUUAAGGAAACGGUUCUCUUUUGUGACGCUGGUGUUCGUCUGACAUUUUGUCUGUUUGAACUCACAUCUGCACAAGUGUUAGAGGAAUAAUUCAUAUGCACAAAAUGCUGCAUACUUUAUAUGCAUUUUAUAUUUUUACAAAAAGUGAGCGAUGAGUAAUUUAUUUCUUUAUGCAAAUCUGCAGAAAUAAUUAGCUCUUUCUCCAAGGAAGUCUGCUGAUUUAAGAGCUUGAGUUUUAUCAAGUAACUGUAACAAGAAUAAACUGAUUUAAAUUUGCACUAUGAGACUGGAAACAAAUAUUCAUAGAAGAAUGUGUAUUUUUAGUCAUUUUUUAUAGUUGGCUUAAGCAGACAAAAUAAAUUAAUAAAGAUAAUAAUUUAUAUACAUGUGUUUUUUUAUAUCUAUUUAUUAUUAUUAUUUUUUACUUAGCAACUGACUUGCAAAUGUGACCUAUACUUUAUGUAGGGUAAUUUGUUCAUAACACUGUGCCAUGUCUUCAGAAGACGUCUAAAAUGUGUGAAGUCUCACAUUAAAUUGCUAUUAUUUGUAUGCUAAGAAUAAGAUUGUCACGUUCAACGUCAUGGAAAAUACAGUUCUGUGUAUUUUAUAGGUGCUAUGAAUCCUAUCUGCCACUAGAUGGAGCGCACAGAAUAUGGAUGAAUCCUCAUGGACAGUAAAACACUGAUCUGAGUUGCUGUAUGUAUGUUUGUAACAAUGUUCUAAAUCAACUAAUAAAUGAUUUUUUAUCAGAACA